AUGGAUCUAAAAGAAGAUAGAUCAGCUAAGCUUCAAGACCUUGCCAAAAAGGUAUUAACCAAACCUGCAUCACCAAAUGACUCAGCAGAAAUAUCAGACAUUAAGCCAGAUCAACAAAAGAGACAGGAGCAGAUAGAAAAAGAGACUGCAGAAGACAUAAUAGCAGUAAAUGAUGUCAUUGAAAUGGCCUUCAAACAAAUGUCUGAAAGGCGAAAAAGCGAACGGAUAACUAUUAAAAGGAAAGCGAAAGUUAAAAACAAUGCAGCAGACCCGAUAAUAUGUUCUGAUGACGACGAAUCUGACAAAAUGAGGAGGGGAGUCAUCAAGAACCUUGAUGAUGCCAGGGUGACGAAUUCGCUCUCUGAUGAUGACUUUGAAUCAAGUGCUGGUGAGAAGAUGGACACAAACCAGCAAGUUUCUUCACAGAGAUCUGAAUACUUCCGCAAAUUAGAAGAAAAGUGGCGUAAAGAAGAGUCCAUCCGUAAACAGGAAGCAACCAAAGACGAAACUGCUGGACAAAACACAAAGAAAUUAAACAAAAAAGAUAUUCAACAUGUGAAAAGAAAAGGCAAACGAGCAAAAAGAACAAGUGAAUACAAGGUUAAAGCAGUAUGUGUUCCAUUUAUGGAUAACUCAGAAGGUAUGCAGGCGAUUUACAGUAAUAAGUUUACAACAAUAUUAGGAUAAUUGUUUUGAUUUGAUGUUGGAGAGAACGAAGCCAAUAAACUGAUGGCGCUGGGA